GUUGACUCCUUGGGCGAAGCUAUGCCGCUCCCGCCGCUGCCGUUUUGCCAGCGGGAAGCGCCGGGCGCGGGCCAGUAGCCGUUUGUUUCUUUUCCCUCCGGUGGAUUUAAGGCGGGAGGGGAGGGUCGGGCAGCGGGAGGCCAUGGUAGCGCACGACGACGCCGGGGGGCUGCUGCCCAUCAAGCGGACUAUCCGGGUGAUCGACGCGCAGAACCAGAGCUUCCGCGAACAGGAGGAGCCUAGCAAUAAACGUGUCCGAUCUCUGGCCCGGGUCACCUCCUUGGCAAACCUGAUUUCGCCUGUACGAAAUGGUGCAGUGCGUCGCUUCGGACAGACCAUACAGUCGUUCUCCCUUCGCGGCGACACCAAAUCCCCGGCGAGUUGUCAGAAGCCGUGCAGCCGGCUAACGGCCCCCACGCCUCCCAAAAGAAGGAACAGCGUCCUCUGGUCCGAGACGUUGGAUGUCACGAUGAAGGAGACGUUGAGCACCAAGGAAAUCAAACGCCAAGAGGCGAUCUACGAACUUUCUCGGGGAGAGCAGGAUUUGAUCGAGGACUUGAAGCUUGCCAGAAAGGCUUACCAUGACCCCAUGCUGAAGCUGUCCAUCAUGUCCGAAGAGGAACUGAGCCACAUCUUUGGAGACCUGGAUUCUUACAUCCCCUUGCACGAAGACUUCCUGGAAAAACUGGGGCAGGGGACCCGGCCGGAUGGGACGGUGGAGCAAAUCGGGCCCAUUCUCGUGGAAUGGCUCCCCGGGCUGAACGCCUACAAGGCUUACUGCAGCAACCAGCUGGCGGCCAAAGCCCUCCUGGACCAGAAGAAGCAGGAUGCCCGAGUGCAGGACUUCCUCCAGCGCUGCCUGGAGUCUCCUUUCAGCCGCAAGCUGGACCUCUGGAGCUUCCUGGACAUUCCUCGCAGCCGCCUGGUCAAGUACCCGCUCCUCUUGAAGGAGAUCCUCCGGCACACGCCCAACGAUCACCCCGAUGUCCAGAGCCUGGAAGAAGCGAUCUGCAUCAUCCAGGGAGUCCUCUCGGACAUCAACCUGAAGAAAGGAGAGUCGGAAUGCCAGUACUACAUCGAUAAGCUGGAAUACCUGGAUGAGAAGCAGCGAGAUCCACGGAUUGAAGCCAGCAAAGUUUUGCUUUGUCACGGGGAGCUAAAGAACAAAAACGGCCACAAACUUUACAUCUUCCUCUUCCAAGAAAUCUUGGUCCUCACCAGGCCCGUGACGCGGAACGAGCGCCAUUCCUACCAAGUGUAUCGGCAGCCGAUCCCGGUCCGAGACCUGGUGCUGGAGGACUUGCAAGACGGAGACGUCAAAAUGGGCGGGUCCUUCCGGGGGGCCUUCGGCAAUUCAGAUAAAGCCAAAAAUAUCUUCCGGGUCCGUUUCCGGGACUCCUCCUCGGGCCAGUCCCACACGCUGCAGGCCAACGACAUUUUCCACAAGCAGCAGUGGGUCAACUGCAUCCAGGCGGCCGUCGCGCCCUUCCAGCCGAGCCCCGUGCCCUUCGAGAUGAAGGACCUGCCCGAGCUGAGUGAGGAAGGCGAGGAGAACCAGCCCUUCGGCUCCAGCGCUAAGAUCCAGAGGAGGCAGCCUUCCGCCUCGGGCAGCUUCCGCAUGGAGCUGGGCGAGAACGGGACGGAAGCCGACGCGGCGGGAGAGCUGAGGAACGUCAAAACUUACCGGAUGCAUUCAGCGCUCAGGAAAAGCAGGGACAAAAACCAGCUCAGCGUCAAACGGAAAGAGACUCUGGUUUAAAUAGCGGGGAGCGAACGGCUUCCUCGCUCUUUUAUUUAUAAAUAAAGUGUACAUUUUCUUUCCUGUAAUGUGAGAAUGGUGAAAGGUCUCCCCUUCUCUCUUUGUCGGUCUUUUUGUGUUACAUGUGAGUCUUGGGUUUUUUUUUCCUACUUCCUUCCUUCCUUCCUUCCUCCCUCCCUCUUCCCUUUCUUUUUUCU